UCAACAAUGCUGAUGUUUAACUAGAAAGAAGGAGGUCUUAGAAUACCUUUGCUCCCUGUAGAUUGUGCAAUACCACUUAUUCAGACAGCGUGAUUUCAUGUUGCUUUGAGAACCAAACACAAUCAACAUUUUAUCCGUGUUGGUGCACCGGGCACCGCUUUAAAAGGGCCAUGGAGGUGCUUGUGCUUCUCGACUUCGAGGCGACCAUGGAGGACGAGCUAACGGUGCGGGUGGGGGACGUGGUGAAGAACGUCUCCAACGGCAAAGAGGAGGGAUGGCUGGAGGGAGACUUGAGAGGGAAGAGAGGGAUUUUUCCUGCCAACUUCGUCAAGGAAGUGCCUGUUUACUUAAUAGGGGACAGCAACAGAGAGCCAAGAAGCCUUAGAAAACCGAAGAAAGCAAAGACUCUGACGAGAAAAUGCGAAGUGACUUAUGCCUACACUUCUGUCCACGAGGACGAGCUCGAGCUGGUUGUCGGGGAGACCAUAGAGAUUCUUAAAGAGAUCGAAGAUGGAUGGUGGAUGGGAAAGAAAAAUAACCAAAUAGGAGCCUUUCCGUCCAAUUUUGUGAAAGAAAUCUUUGUCCCUUUAAAAGACAACAAGAUGAUUGACAGCAAAUCCAGACCUAAACUCUCUGAGGCUGUUUUCAGUAAAGAGGGAAAAGCACAACAGAGACCAAGCCUAAGGAAAAAAACAUCCAAUGUAAAAGAAUGUUGUCGUGGGAUGUUCGACUACACGGCUGUGGCCGAAGACGAGUUGAACCUGAAGAAGGGAGACGUCAUAUCAAUAAUCAACAAGGCUUGCGAGGACGAGGGCUGGUGGGAGGGAGAACUAAAUGGACGCCGGGGAUUUUUUCCAGAUAACUUCGUCAUGGUGAUCCCAGCGGAUGCCCUUCAUAUCGCAAAUGCAGGCCAGCCGCCGGCAAGACUUGGUUCUGUGAAAAAAGCAGCGAAUCAGAUGCCAGCGAUGGACCAGAACAGCUCCGAUACAAACUCGAAGACAGAGACUAAAAGUGAGAAAGCAGAGGUUAAAGAUUUUCGAAGUGACCCACCUGGUAAAAUUAAGUUGCCCGGUCUACACAAACCACCGGUCCCACCACCACCAGUAAAGGAGAAGCCCAUCAAAAUGCUUUCAAAGAAUGAAGAGCCACCACCUGCCUCACCGAAACAACUCCUCUUCCCGCCAACACAGAAAGAGGUUAAAGACAAGACCCUCGACCAGUUUGACGGUGUAGAUGUGUCCACAGAAAAACUCAACCAUCCCACGGCCAACAGAGCAAAACCUCCGCUGAGAAGACCACCAACAGCCCCCCCCACCUCCUCAAAUAUUUCAGCUCAAACAGACCACAGUGCAACAUCAGAGAAGAAAGAUGGAAUACCACAAAAUAUCCCAGACUUACUAAAGGUUACAGAUGGUCAUUCAGCACCUUCCAACAAGAUUGACCAACCAAGCAAGUCCACCUCCCCACCUAAGACAGAAACUGUGAUUCAGAACGACAGCCCGUCACUGGCCUCUGUGCUGACAGAACUCAAAGAUCUCCGCAUGUCGCUGGAUCUCCUCAAAGCUCAGCACGAGAGAGACAUACAGGAGCUUAAAGAUGAAGUGAAAGAUGAGAGAGAAAAACGGACCAGACUGCAGGAUGAAGUGGAGGCUCUAAGGAAAAAAUAGUCACCAUAAAAUAUCGGGCAUAUUUCACCACCCCUUGUGCACCUCAAUGUAAAGACAAACCUGGAAUAUCGGAGGAAUUGGAGAGUGUAAAGACACUUGACAGAUGUUACCUGCUGAAUAAUUUCUGACUCAAUGGACCAAAACUAUUCUUCCAAAAGACUUUGUCUUUAAUAUUCUGGUAACCAGCUCAUAUGGUUAUGGGAGCACCUGCCACAUGUUUCUUAAUACGUGUUCACUUUUAAAUGUGUAAAUACCAAAUAUUUGAGUAUCUUAUAUUUUUAUGAUGGUAAUUUAGGGUUAAACAUAUGAUAAAGUAUUAACACUCGUUUUAUUAAUAUGUUGUUGUGUUGUUUUUGGUUGUAUCCUGUGGACAAAAAGCAAUAAAUAGUUCCACUGA